AUGGAGUUUCAAAAAUAUUCUACAACGAAUAGUGAUAAUACUGAGAAGAAACGAUUAAACUUACGUCUAAGACGUGGACAUACAACUUUACUUAGCCUUAUGGGAUCAGAGCUAAGCGAUAUAUCAAAAUCUGAUCAAAUUGGAAAAGUCGAAGAUAGUUAUAAUGACUUUACAACUACUUCGUUACUUUUGGAUCAAGCAAAUGAAUCACUGUAUGACAAUGAUCAUUCACGCCAUUUUACUGGAUCAAAUAAAAUAUCUACAAAUGCAUUCAUUAAUGAAUACAUCCCAGAUGUUUUACCACUAACGACAGCAAAUCUUUCAAAGUAUAUAGUGAAACAGGAGAUUAUUUAUUGGAAUCAUGUAAUAUCUCAACAAAUUUCUAUGGAAUUAAUGAAUAAAUUAAAUGAUGAUAAAAAUGUGGUAAGAGUAUAA